UAACGCUGGUAAAUGUGGAGAUCGAGAUGCGGCAACUGUCAAAGCGAAUUCAGGAGAAAUCGGAAACUGCAGAAGAUGAAGAACUGUGUAAGGUGCGAAUGCUUCGUAAAGAACUACGAAUACUGGAUGAUGAAUUUCGCACAUUAUCAAAAGCGACAUCUUAUGAAGCAACCCCUCUCGUAAUAGGUUUUGAAUUUCCUAUCGCUUGCGAAGAAGAUAUUGAACGGUUGGAAACGACAGUGAAGUCUGACUCAUCUAUUCGGAAGCAGUAUAUUCAAUACCUCCAAAUAAUGAAACCGUUACGUUUAACCAUUGUGCACGCGUUCAAUAAAUUCUUCACGGAUAAAGCGAUGACGAACUACAACUGGCACGGUUUGGAGAAGGCUGAAUUCCCACGAGCACCUAAAAAAGCUAUGCAAAAAUAUGAUAUAUUCUACGCUUGUAUGAUGGAAGCUUGGAAAAGUCAUGGAAUUGACAAGGCUCAGCUGGUGGAACAACUGAAGAAAACUGUGUACCACAUAUGUCGACGACGGUACACCAAAAACCAGUCUUUAAAGAAAAAAUGUCGUUUUAUAGAACUUCGGGAGUGAUUUGCGUUUACAAA